AUGACACGAUCAACGUCGCCGUCAUCGUCGUCGUCGAACUCUUUGCCAAAGGAAAAGUCGAGUGACGACAUCGCGUCAACAUCCCCACAACAACCACCACGAGAUGAAGAAGCUGCAGAGAUAGCCAAGGAAAAGGAAGAAGGUGAUCCAUUUCUCGUAGGAUGGGAUCCAGGCGAGAAGAAUUAUCCAAUGAAUUGGUCUUCUGGAUACAAGGCCUUCAUCACCUUUGUACUAGGCAUGCUCGCGCUGGCCGCCAGUCUUGGAUCAUCCAUCAUUUCACCCGCCGAAACACAAAUUGCAGAGUACACUGACAUUUCUGGAGAGGCCGCAGUCUUGGUCAUUUCCCUUUAUAUCAUCGGCUUUGCUGUGGGCCCUCUGUUCUGGGCUCCUACCUCUGAAAUCUGGGGACGUAGGAUCAGUAUGUUGCCUGCAAUGGUCGGCCUUGGUCUGUUCAGCAUAGGCGCGGCUGUUGGCAAGAACGCUCAGACUAUCAUGAUCUGUCGUUUCUUCUCUGGUGUGUUUGGAUCCGCUCCCGUUUCGAAUGUUAGCGCCGCUCUUGGUGACAUGUAUUCCGCCAAACCACGAGGUCAAAGCACAGAUGUCAUGAGCCAACAGUCACCAGUGGGUGUUUGUUACGGCUCCGUGUCUGCUGUAACUUUCUACGCUGUCGCCGUCGUGGGUGGGCCGACGGUAGGUCCCAUCAUUGGCAGUGCGCUUACUGUCACUAUUGGUUUCAGAUGGCCAUCGUAUAUCCUCGCCAUCUGGGUUUUCGCUGUCACCGUACUCGCCUUCUUCUGCCUACCGGAGACAUAUUCUCCAGUUCUUCUAAAGAAGAAAGCACAACGUCUACGGAAAGAGACUGGCGACUCACGGUGGCAUCAUCCUCACGAGGAUGUCAAGUUGGAUGUCAAAUCAGUGGUUACAAAACACCUUGCAAGACCCAUUAUCAUGCUCACGACAGAACCGAUGGUCACUUGCAUUGCCUUCUACGCAUCUUUCGUGUAUGGCAUUCUUUACAUGACCCUCGAGGUAUUUCCCAUCGUGUUCGAGCAGAACAGAGGAUGGCCUUUGAUCACAAGCACAUUGCCCUUCCUCGCACUAUUCGUGGGAGUCCUUUUCGCUGUUCUAAUCAAUCUGGCCAACCAGCCGCGGUACGCUCGUGCUGUUGACGCCAAUAACGGCAGACCUGUAAGUGGCGUUCUCUUCACCAUUGGCUUGUUCUGGUUCGGUUGGACUGCCGAUCCGUCUAUCCCGUGGCCCUCUUGCGUCGUUGCAGCAGCUUUCAUAGGAGCAGGCUUCAACAUUAUUUUCCAGCAAUGCAUCAACUUCCUUGUAGAUACGUAUUUGCUUUAUGCGGCGUCAGCAGUCUCGGCCAACACAUUCUUGCGUAGCAUAAUCGCAGGAGGCCUUCCACUCGCUGCCAGGCCGAUGUUCAACAAUCUCGGAGUUGGACCAGCGAUGAGCAUCCUGGGUGGAGUCGCUGCGUUGGCAUUGCCGGUGCCUUUCAUCUUCAUGAAAUAUGGAUUGAAGCUUAGAAAACUGUCAAAGUUCGCUCCAGUACACGAGGACUGA